GAAUUGUCACAGAUGGCAAAGAAGCUAGCAAGAGACUCGGUGUCCCCCUUCUACAAAGCAAGGUCUGAUAGGUACUGGGGCCUCUACAAGGAAUUUUGUAAAAGGUUCGACCUAGACGUGGAGAACCCGCGUGAGGAGGUAGUCGUAAAUAGCCUUCACUUUGAAGGAAAAGAGGACUUUAGGAAAAAUCUGGCUGUAACACAGGUACUAAGGGCAAUAAAAAAGGAGACCUCAAAGAAUAAGACACCGGACUGGUCAUGUGACCUAUUGCCUAUCGAAGCCUUGAGCCCUGGGAUUAAGAACAAUGCAGAGACCAGGCGAAAUAGAAGACCUAAAACUGAAGGAUAUAAAAUGGGACGACAAAGAGAUUUUGUGGGUCCGGAUCUGCAAGUCGAAAAUGGACCAAUUUAG